AUGGCUGUUGGGAAAGUGCACGUGCACUACGAAGAGCAGGGCCACGCCCCGUGGCACUCGACGGCCAUCUUCGACUGCCAGUCAGAUGACCUCAAGCUGGGCACUCUGAAGCAGGCAUUCAUCACACACUUCAAUGACAAGGUCCACAAGCCUCCGCAAGACACGCAGACAGACAGCACAGACAGACAGACACGCAGACGGACAUGGUGAUGAGUGCUUGUGUCUGUCUGUUCUCGGCAGGUGCUGUCGCAGCCGAGUGAUGCGUCGGUGUCUGCCCCACCUGCCCCACUCAAGUAUGAAGAUUGGUGUCUGACCAACCACCAACACGCGCCCAUGCCCGAUGCGGGAUUUAUCUGCACGUGGGUUGACCCCAUGGCGGACAUCUUCAUCCGCCCCGUGGCUGAGUUCGCAGCUGCCCAGGACACGGCCAUCCAGGACAACAUCAAGAAAAAGGGAGAGGUAGGUGGGGUACACAUGCAGACCUACAUUGCGCGAAAUACCACGUGCAAACUGCCCCACUCUCCUGUUGCUCAGCUGUCGUAUUACUAUGCCCACGGGGCACCUGCGUCGCGCAGCAUCGUGUCCAAGACGGCGGCCUCUGUGUCUGUGUCUGCCCCACCACCCCAGCAGCUGGAGCAGAAGCCUGACCUGGGAUCCCUCCACUACACGACCAUUUCCACAUUCACAUGGGAAGACGCGUCAGACACUGUCAGGUGAGCUGAGCGGGCCGCUUUGUUUGCUGGGUGGGCUGGUCACUCACCUGAAUGUUCUUCUCUUUGUGUGUUUGUGUAGGGUGAAGGUGCCGUUGGAUGGGAUCGGCAAGCACCCCCGCGACAAGAUCAUCUCUGAGUUUGAGGAGCGUUCCUGCCAGCUGUUCAUACUCGACUUCAACGGCAAGAACUACAGGUGGGUGAGUGACCGACCCACUACCACACCGGACGGACUCUCAUGGCGUGUGUCGUGUUUGUUGUAUUGUGUGUGCAGGUUUCGUGUGCCCAAGCUUCAGUGCAAGAUCGAUGCAGCCGCCAGCAAACACGUGGUGAGCCAAGCAUGAAAGGGGAAUGGUGUCAUCUCUUUCUCUGCGCAUGUCAUGUGUGUGUCCCCAUUGCUCGCAGGUGAAGGAGAGCCGCGUGACGUUGUUUCUGCGCAAGGUGAAGGAUGACGACUACUGGCACAGCCUAUUCUACACCAAGGGCAUCGGAGAGUGAGUGAGGGAUAGCUAGAUAGGGUAGGGGCGCCAUGCCAUCCGCCUUCCUUGGUCUGUCUGUAGCUCUGUACAUAGUGAGUGGGUAGAAAUGGAUUGGAUGAACG